CGUCGCCUCGACCCCGGCCCGACCAGAGCAAGGGGCCGGCCUACCCGGUCCAGCGGCGCCGGCCCUCGCCGCCGCCCAUCAGGAUUGACACGUGCAUCGUGGGAGACGACAGCACAUGCAAGCGAGACUUCAACGAGCGCUGCCUGACAGAGGGCGGCGUCUCCUCGUGCGUGUGUCGGCCCGGCUACAGUCGACUCCGGCCCCGCACCGCCUGCAAACGCGUGGUGUCUGUCGUCAUGUCAGUGAAGGUGGAUGGUGUGGACAAGCAGCGCCUCUCCUGGAGCCCCGACUUCAACAACCCCGAGACGGAGGCGUACCAGCAGCUGGCCUGGGAUGCCCGGCGAGCGAUUAACUCGGCCAUGACGCAAACGACCAUGAAGGACAUCUACAUGGGGAACGAGAUAAACUCGUUCUACUCGCUGGGCGGCCGUCUGAUCCUAAACACGACGGUCAGCCUGCUGGACACGGCGCAGACGCGCCGGCGUGAGGUGAAGAACGAGCUGCAGCGUCAGAUGAUCCGAGUCAUCAAGGCCAAGGACAACAAUAUCGGCGACUCGACCCUGUUCGUCGAGGGACCGCUUAACCCUAUACCGGGAAUCCAAGAUUUGAAUGAAUGUAGCGGCCCGGGUCUCCACGACUGUGACGAGAAUGCCGUAUGCAGUAAUGUGUUUGGUAGCUUUCUCUGCCGCUGCCAGCCGGGAUACGACGAUAGGUACCGAAGCGACGUGGCGCGGGCGGGCCGCCACUGCGAGUCCUGCUCAGAGGACUUCUGCGGCGGCCACGGCACCUGCCAGAUCAACGACGGACAAAAGUCCUGCCUAUGUCGCGGCUCAUACUACGGGGCGCGCUGUGACAUUGACGGCGAGGUGCUGGGCGCGGCGCUGGGUGCCACGGCCGCCGCCGCUCUCGUCAUCAUAGCUACCUUCAUCGGACUCUGCAAGUGGAGCAAACGCUGGCACAAGGGCCAGAGCGACGGCAAGGCGGAGGUGGGCUCGCUGGCCGUGCCGGGUGGCUUCGGCUACGGGAAGCCGGGCGGCGGCCUGGGGCCGGCGGGCUUCCCGCCCGUCAGGGAGGACAGACUGCGCUGGGCCCGGCUGGCUGACACCAUGGCUCAGCAGAACAUCUACGCGCCGGAGCCGAUGUUCGGCGGUCCACCCCACUCCCAGCUGCCGCCGUACGGCGCCCAGGCCGGCCUUGGAGCAGGCACGCUGAGGGACGGGCCCGCCAGCCUCGGUAUGGCAGGCGGUCGUCCGGUGUUCGUGGCGCCAGUGCGCCGCUCGGUGACGCCGGUGACGCUGCCGGAGCGGCCGGCUCUCAGACUGGGUGAGAGGAACGACAGCAGGAGGCUGGCCUGGGAAGGUAUGACGCAGAACCAGAGCCUGGUAUAUUACGACAUACACGACUUUGAGCAGCGGGACAUGGGUCGCGGCACGACGCGGGGACAGCCGCCAGCGCCGCUCUCCACCUACAGCAGCCGAACCAGCAACUACUUCAGGUAG